GUUAGAUUGUUUAUAAACUGAUAGAUAUCAAGGAACAACAUAACGGUUACACCGUUUCUCAUCUCUGAAACAAAGUAAUUACUAACACGUCUGAAUCUACUAUAAUAUGGGACAAGGAAAUCUAUGGCUUCUUGUGAUUGGGUUUUCUUUGAUUAAGAGCUGCGAACCUUUAAACACGACAACUGAGUCCGUUUUCUACCGCAACACCACUCUUUACACUGAAGAUUACAGCAACAUCGAAACCAGGUUUUCAGUGCGGGACUCUGAAGAUCCGGAGGAGGAUAUCUGCUAUCUUACUCUCGGGAACAGGGACAGCAUCUCAGAAUGUGGAUUCAAUCUCAGCUCGCAAACUUUUGUGGUCAUCCACGGAUGGUCGGUUGCCGGGUUGUUUGAGAGCUGGCUCCACAAGCUGGUGACUGCACUCUUCGAGCGGGAGCCCACUGCCAAUGUCAUCGUGGUGGACUGGCUAGACAGGGCCAGCCAACACUACCCCACCUCUGCGGAAAACACCAAAUUGGUGGGCAAGGAUGUGGCCAAAUUUGUCAACUGGCUGGAGGGCCUCGGGUAUCCCCUGGAUAAGCUUCACCUGCUUGGCUACAGCUUGGGAGCACAUGUGGCUGGAGUAGCAGGAAACCUCAUGAACCACAAAGUCAACAGAAUCACAGGCCUUGACCCAGCAGGCCCCCGCUUUGAGCAUGCAGAAGAUGUAAGGCGUCUCUCUCCUGACGAUGCCAACUUUGUGGAUGUCCUGCACACCAACACCAGAGGCACGCCAGACUUGAGCAUCGGUAUCCAAAGACCUGUGGGGCAUAUUGACAUCUACCCGAACGGCGGAACUUUCCAGCCUGGGUGCAGUCUGCAGAACACUAUGAAGAUGAUUGCCUCUUUUGGCAUUAACAAUAUGGACCAGAUUGUGAAGUGUUCUCAUGAGAGAUCCAUCCACCUCUUCAUCGACUCCCUGGUGAACCAGCAACAGCAGAGCAUGGCGUUUCGCUGUAGCUCCAAGGAGGCCUUCUACAAGGGCAUGUGCCUGAGCUGCCGCAAGAACCGCUGCAAUAAGAUGGGCUAUGGAGUCAAGAAGAUACGCAACACCAGAAGUGCCAAGAUGUACCUCAAGACCAGAGAAAUGAUGCCUUACAAAGUUUUCCACUACCAGGUGAAAGUCCAUGUGUUCGGUCAGAAGAACCUCACUGUUUUGGAGCAGCCCAUGCUUGUGUCCCUUCACGGAACCCACGGAGAACAAGAGGACAUUGCUGUGACUGUGCCAAUCAUGUCCAGCAACACCACCAUCUCUUUCCUCGUGGCCUCUGAUGUGGACAUCGGUGAGUUGUUGAUGAUCAAGCUGAAGUGGGAGAAGGAUUCCUACCUGUCGGGUUUCUUUGGCAAGAAUGAGUUCAUGAUUCGCAGACUGCGCGUCAAAUCUGGAGAAACUCAGUCCAAGCUGAUUUUCAGCUCGAAAGAUGGUGAGUUUGCGUAUCUGACCCAGGGUGGAGAAGAGACGCUCUUUGUGAAGUCCAAGGAGGACCAAGAGAGCAGGAGAGAGGCAAGACUCCACAGGCUGAAGAUGCACGGCAGCUUCUUCAAUCAGACCACAGAGUGAAACAUCAUCUGUGAGAAUGCACUCGGGGUCGGUAAUGCUUCCAGAAGUCGAAGAUUUUGCACCAAAAACAGAGUCUGGCUAUCAGCCAAACUGCCGUUUCAGUGACAAUGCAAAGUGUGCUGUGUUGAUGAACAAUAAGCUGAUAUACUGUAUAUCUUAUAUUUGCGGUGCACUGUGCACUUAUUGAGCAUGUUACUAAAAUCACUUUGUAGGAAUGAAGUGACAUCUUUAGAAAAAUUCUUAAGUUGCUGAAUGUAUUUGAAAUGAUGUAUUGUUAACUUUGCUUGUUUGUGUUUUAACUUAACAAUAAGAUGUAAAUAAUAAAUGAAAAUAUAGAUCUCAUGUAGACAUGAUCAGGAAGUCAAUAAAGUAACAGUGAUCUGACAUCA